AUGGGGACUGCAGCGGCGGCAGCGGCGGCGGCCGGGGAGGGGGCGCGCAGCCCGAGCCCCGCCGCCGUGUCGCUCGGCCUGGGCGUGGCCGUCGUGUCGAGCCUGGUGAAUGGGUCCACGUUCGUGCUUCAAAAAAAGGGCAUCGUGCGCGCCAAGCGGCGAGGUACCUCCUAUUUAACAGACAUUGUGUGGUGGGCAGGCACAAUUGCAAUGGCUGUUGGCCAGAUUGGAAACUUCCUGGCUUACACUGCGGUCCCCACAGUCCUGGUGACUCCACUGGGUGCCCUUGGAGUGCCGUUUGGGUCCAUUUUAGCUUCUUAUCUUCUGAAGGAAAAGCUCAACAUCUUGGGCAAGUUGGGAUGUCUGCUAAGCUGUGCAGGUUCUGUUGUGCUGAUUAUCCACUCCCCAAAAUCUGAGAGUGUGACCACUCAGGCUGAGCUGGAAGAGAAGCUGACUAACCCAGUGUUUGUGGGCUAUUUGUGCAUCGUGCUCCUUAUGCUGCUACUGCUCAUCUUUUGGAUUGCACCGGCCCAUGGGCCCACCAACAUCAUGGUCUACAUCAGUAUCUGCUCCUUGCUAGGGAGUUUCACCGUGCCUUCCACCAAGGGCAUCGGGCUGGCGGCCCAAGACAUCUUCCACAACAACCCAUCCAGUCAGCGGGCCCUCUGCCUGUGCCUGGUGCUCCUUGCUGUGCUCGGUUGCAGCAUCAUCGUCCAGUUCAGGUACAUCAACAAAGCGCUUGAGUGCUUCGACUCCUCUGUGUUCGGGGCCAUCUACUACGUCGUGUUCACCACCCUUGUCCUGCUAGCCUCGGCCAUCCUUUUUCGGGAAUGGAGCAAUGUGGGCCUGGUGGACUUCUUGGGUAUGGCCUGUGGGUUCACCACCGUCUCUGUUGGGAUUGUCCUUAUACAGGUGUUCAAAGAGUUCAAUUUCAACCUUGGGGAGAUGAACAAAUCUAAUAUGAAAACAGAUUAGGAUGCAACAGGGGUUGGGUGGCUCAAGAAGUGGGAAAUGGAUGUGGUUUCUGGCUCUAAUUUGAUGUGUAGUAGAAGAGACCCUAAUCAAUGGUAUUAAAGUUACUUGCAUAUUAAUGGGUGGUCUGGUGAACAGUGGGGAGCAUCACUCAGCACCAGGGUGGGGGCCCAGCCCUUUGCAGUCUGAAGUUGCUAAAUGGUUGUCUGGGCAUCAUCUCUCUCUGAUGAGAGGAAUCUCAUGUUCAUAGCCAUUAACCUGGAAGCUUUCAUGAAUACUCUUUCCUUUUAAAAUAUUUUAACAUUAUUUAAUAGAAGAUAAAGAUGGGCUCUUUCUGAUUAGUCUUUGCAGGGGAGCAGAUAUUCUUACUUAGAAGAUUACUUUGGAAAUGGGAGAAAUUGUUGUCUUGAAGUCUGACUAUACAGUAAAUGUGUCUGUACUUGUGUUAUUUUGCAUUAAGCAUGUAUAACAUUCAGGUACCUCAUCCAAAUAAGAAGUACAUACAUUUAAUUGUU